ACAUAAUAAAUCGCAAUGGGAUAUAUGUGCGUUUUUAGAUUUCAAUGGGAGCGAACGUCCAAGGCACUGAAGUCGAGUCAGGUGACCAUUACAUGGGAAAUCCCGCAGGAUGUUAAACCUGGCGAAUAUCGCAUCAGACAUAAUGGUUACUUUCGCUAUUUCUUUACUGACGCGUAUCCUUAUUACGGUGUCACCAAUCAUUUUCAAGUGGAAAUUCCUGCUAUGAAGUAGAAUAUCCGUCGGCAUUAUUACUGAUGACUACUUGGUGCUCUUUUUGUUUUUUCUCACGUGUUUUCUUAGUCGACAAGGAAAUUAUUACGCUUAACUUACAGACAAAUUGAUUUUGUUAUAAACUCGACGUACAUGUAAAUAAACAUAAAACGAACAUGUAAUAUGCUAUUUGAUUAAAUUCUGGCAAAAAAAUGAAUAUGUGUGAAUAUGAAAUGUUAUUGUUGACAGAUUCGCACAUAUUUAGUGCGCAAGUUUGUACAUAAUCAAAAUCAUGUUCUUCUUCUUUCAAUAAAUAUAAUCAAUAAUA